AGACUAAAGAUGAGUGAAACAAUGGAAGAAGGUAGAAGUGAAUAUCAAAGACCAUAUGUACAAACCUAUUUUUCCAGAAGGGAAAUCUGUAGAAUUCUAUGAUAAUUUUUUUAAUCAAUAUUUAUCGAAGUUAGCAAUGGAUCAGCUUCCAAAAAGCAGGCCAUUAUGGGAAAUUCACAUAAUCAAAUACCCUACAAAAAAUUCAGCUGGAAAUAUUGUUUUUAAGCUGCAACAUGCAUUGGGAGAUGGUUUUUCUCUAAUGGGAGCUCUUCUUUCUUGCUUGCAAAGAGUAGAAAAUCAUCAACUGCCCUUAACAUUUACUGCACUGAUGAAUGAGAAUAUGAAUAUUGAUGAUGAUCACAAGGGCAUUUUCAAGAAUGUGACUAGUAUUUUUAACACUGUAUCAGAUUUCGGAUGGAGCCUAUUGAAGAGCAGUGUUAUUGAAGACGAUAAGUCCCCAAUAAGGUCCGGUGAUGUUAGAGUCGAGUUUCGGCCAAUCACCAUUACCACCAUGACUUUCUCUCUCAAUCAAAUUAAGAAAAUGAAGGAAAUUCUUGAAGUGGUAAGACUAUACUUUUUUUUUGCGACAGCUGGCAGGAGACGGUGGUUCGAUGUUAAAGUUGUGGUGGGAGAAGAUUGGGGUUUGGACAUUGGGUAUACACUUACUAGGUCGGAGAUUAGAGCCCCUAAUCUAGGAGAAGUCGGCUGCCGGUGGACUGGAACUAGAAGCCGACGAUUGCGAGAGAAGUAG